AUGCGUCUCCUUACACUUCUUGCAGUAGUAACUCCCCUCGUCCUUGCCCUUCCGGCAGAUAAGAGGGAGUCCGGCUGUGUUGCCCUAAACAAUUGCCCGGGUAAGAGGGAGCUUUUGGAAGGCAUCUCUGAGAAGGAAGCCGGCUGCAUCGUUCUGAACAACUGUCCGGAAAAGAGGGAAGCGCUUGCUGGUCUCUCUGAGAGGGAAGCAGGGUGCAUUAUUCUGGGUACUUGUCCUGAUAAGAGAGAGUCUGGCUGUGUGGCGCUGAACAACUGCCCUGGUAAGAGAGCAGAGGCAACUGGUUUGUCUGAGAGGGACACCGGCUGCAUCAUUCUUGGAACAUGUCCUGAAAAGCGGGCACUUUUCAACGGCCUGUCUGAACCAGAGGCAGGCUGUAUCAUUCUGAACACAUGUCCCGAAAAGAGAGAAGCUCUGGUUGCAAGAGAGUCUGGCUGUGUGGCCCUGAACAAUUGCCCUUCAAAGAACUAG